GCCAGACCGUGUUUUAUUGUGUAGGGCGCUGCCAAGUUGGUAAGGAUCUAUUAAUUCGGUGCCCCAAAACCUACACGCGGUGCCUCCUGGUCCUACCCUCCUGCAAGCCCCAGCCUCCUUGAAUAUGUUGUAUCAGCCGUACAACAUCUCCUUCGAUGACAAGUCGCCAUUAUUGUGGUAUACGCCGUUGCGAGGUAUAGAUAACAAUGGCAGUUCGUUCUGUGGAACUUCACGUCCAGAAUAUGACUGCUGGUAUGCGAUCAAUACUACUGGGAGGGCGUCCUCCUAUACCACCUCGGUGUUAGGCGCGACAGUCUCCUUACAGUGGACAGGUACGGCAGUGUGGCUGUAUGGAGAGGCAAAUGCGACGUACCAGAUCGGGAGGACCUGGAAUGGGAGCACGAUCCUGGGCGAAGGGACUGGAACUGGGGGUGGCGUUCUCUAUGCCGAGAGCGGUGUGUCGUACGGGGUGCACACGGUGGUUCUCACUGUCCUGGAGGGACCCGUGACCAUUAUUGGUGCGACUAUCACGGUUGGCAUGGGUGAGCCUGGUUCGACAAUCAAAGCAACGAAUGUUUCGUCCAUCAUAGAGGACAUACCGGCUAUCAAUCCUUUCUUCACCGUCAACUCAAACGACUCAUGGCAGGGCGAUCUGGCGUUCGGGCCAAACGGGGAGCUGGAGACAAUCAUCCUGACGGCCACCCAGGGCGACUCCGUUACAUUCGUAGUGAAUUCCAGCGUAACGUUCGCUGUAUACGGAGCAAACGAUCCCUCGCAGGGUACAUACCUAGUGGACAUAGAUCCUCCUGUGCCGAACAAUCCGAACACUAGCACAGCAUACCAGCUUAACGCCACGGCGCCGUGGGUAGUGAUCGAGGAAAUCAGAUACGUUGCUACCGGGCUGAACAGGACGCAGAACUACUCGGUGACAUUGACGAAUGCAGAGUCGGGGAGGGAAUUCAACGUCGGUAGAGUUAUCCUGUUCGAUGCCAUUUCUCCUGCAUCCUCUUCUUCUGCUCUCCCGAGCCAAACUAUGACAUCGAGUAGUUCGUCAAAUGCCGGCGGUCCAGCUGCCACGUCGCAUGAUCUAAGGCGCGGAACUGUCGCCGGCAUUGUGGUGAGCGUCGGCACUAUAGCGGGAGCCCUCUUGAUCGCAAUUUUCCUUUUCGCACGUUUUCGCGCAAGGGGCAUUUACACCCACGGGACCGCGCCAAACCUGGUUGAACCGAAGUUGGGUGAACAGGCUACGUCCCGAACUGGUGAAGAGCCUCAAGACACGGAACCCCAAUCGGAUGCCCCCGCGAUGGUUGUGCAUCCUUAUACGAAGACAUACGCAACGUCCGGAAAGUCUGUACCGGUCGAGACCGAAGACCCGUCUUCCCAAGUGGCGGAGUCGUCACGUCGCAGACCCACAGAAAUGCCCUCAAGUUCCGCUCCAGGCCUUGAAAAUCACGACAGCUCAUCUCCACCAGUUAUCCCAGCAGUGGCAUCAUCACCAUCACUGCUUCUCCCUACCCAUGAUGAAGAUGCGGGUCCGGUGCCUGACUUGCUGCCGCCCAUGUACAAUCCCGACUGGAGCAUAGCUGAAGAGCUUGACACGCCUGACGAGGACUAGAUAGAAUCAGUGUGGCGGCCAAAGCAUAAAGGACACAGGCUUGGAAUGAUAGUACGCACGCAGAUACAUCUCGGAGCAGACAGACAUCGAUGAUGAGCGGAACAUGACUGAAUGGAUGUAGCAAGUGCCAUUGCGGGACGGCACCUAGGUCUCGCGAUUGGUAUGUUCGCAUAGUAGUACUUUGCCGUUAGCAAUCGCCACCUUAUGCGCCGCG